AUGGCGACAACCAAAGUGCCCGUCUACUCGGCCAAUGACCUAAAAUCCACAACCGACGACGCCCUCUCCCCCUAUUUAACCACCCUCCCCACCCCCUACAUCUUCACCCAAGACCACACCCUCACCAAAAUCCGCUUCCUGUUGGGCUACACAGCCGUCGCGAUCGCAGGCGCCACUUUCUACGCGGACCGGUAUCUGGGCUGGGAAGCGACGACGUCGCCGUGGGUUAUCGCCGCCGUGGGAACGUAUUUUGUGUUGAAUGGGGUUUUCACGUAUUGGGUUUGGUUUGUUGAGGGGGGGGAGGUUUUUCGAGGGAGGAGGGGGAGUGGUGAGGUGAUUUCGAUCCGUUCCUCGACGAAGAAACACUCGCCGCUGUAUAACCUUCACGUGCAGUAUAAGACGCCGUCUGGGAAGGUUCUGGAGGAUAAGGUUAUCGAGACGCCGUUUACGACGUGGUUUUCUGCGGAGGGGACGUUUCAUCCUGAGCCGUUACGGGAGUGGCUUGCGUCUGAGAUUGAGGUGUUGGGGCUUGCUGCGAAGGAGACGGUGAAGAAGACGGGGGGUGCGUCGAGUUCUGUUGCGCCGGGAGAUGAGGGAGAUGAGGGUGUUACGAAGAGGAGGUAG